AUGGGUUUUUGCAGUGAGUGGUGUAAUAUGAUUCAUCAGUGUAUAAGCACUACUAAUUCAGUUGUCUUAUUAAAUGGCUCUCUGGGGCAAAAAUUAUCUCCAACAAGGGGAAUUAGGCAAGAAGAUCCUUUAUCCCCUUACCUUUUUAUUCUUUGUAUGGAAGCGAUUUCUCGUUACCUCUCUUUAGCUCAAAGAAAAGGGUUGAUUCAUGGUAUUAAAGUUACCAAUGAUAGUCCCCCUAUCAAUCAUCUGCUUUUUGUAGAUGAUUGUCUCAUACUUGGUAAUGCUAAUCUGAUUGAGAAUAAAAACAUUCUCAAAAUCUUCACUGAAUUCAGUAAAGGUUCUGGUGAACUUAUUAAUUUUCAAAAAUCGGGUAUAUUUUUCAAUGGUAAAGUGCACAACAAGUUUCAAAAAGUUUGGAAGAUAAAAUUGGAUGAUAAAUAUCUUGGUGCCCCGUUGUUUACUAAUACUUCAAAAAUUGCUUGCUUUGAGCCAAUGGUUGGAAAAAUUGUUAGUAGACUGAAAGGUUGGAAAAAUCCUAACUUAAAUGCGGCUGGUAGAGGUGUUCUUAUAAAUCUACUGUUGAAUCCAUUCCUUUAUACCAAAUGA